UGUGUGUUAGGGCCGGCUCUCCAAUAAUUAACACGGACCAGUCUUGAUAAGGAUAGGCUAAUAUAAUAAUACAUUAAUUAAUACAUUAAUAUAAUAAUAAAUUAAUAAAAUAGGCCUAAUAAUAAUUAAAAUCACAUAAACAGUUUUUAAGUGGCAUUUCAUUUCCAUUUUUACAUUUCUUAAACAUCAACUGAACCCACUUUGAUGUUAAAGCAGGUAAAUCCCUUGAUGCUUAGUUAUACUACUUACAUUAUGUUCUGAUCUGACCUCUUUUGUUCUUCAAUCCCUGCAGUAAACAUGUUUAUUGGGCCUGAUAUAUCCAAAUCAUUCACACAAUAAACACACAUUGUUCACAAUGUCAUAUCAGUUAUGCCAACAAUAGCCCCGCACAGUAUUUAGUUAGUGAGCCACAUCUCAUAAGGCUUCACAGGAGGGUCAGUGGUCCUUGGGAUUGGACCUUCACCUUGCUGAUAAGAAUAUAUUCCCCUUGCUUCCUUGUAGUACCAGUGCGGCUCAUUGUGUGUCAGUCUCUCUGUCUUUCUCUCUCUGCUCGGACUUGUUAAGGAAUAUCUCAAACUCGUAAGUACUUUAUGGAUCUUCAUUUUGCCUCUGGAUGGAUCGAUAUCAACGCUACAUAACAAGCGAUUGGACUAAACCUUAACAGCACAGACACAAAUAGAUAUUUUGAUAGUUUGAUAUCACAGGUAUAUUUAACCAGAGCAACAAACAACUUCUAGUGUUGGUGGUUGGAGAGGAGCUGGAGAAGACUGUGGAGAAGAAGCCGACAGACACUUCAGGAGAUCGAGGAGCAGAGGCACGGCUGUAGCCAGGACCGACAUCAUGAGCCACUACAGCGACGGGUCCUUCUACAACCCGGCCUACCACGACAGUGAGACUCUGGAGCUGGACAGAAGACCCCCCUUCAAGCCCCGACACAGCAACCCCUACGCCCAGGACCCGCCCCCCCCCUGGCAGGCCGCGAGGGCCUCGGUGGUCUCCACGGUGACGGGCCCCAGGGCCAACGCGGACCCCUGGGAGGGAGGGGCGGGGGGGGGCCUGGGGGCCCUGGGAGCCCUUCCCUUAGGGCCCCGGCCGCCACAACACCAGGACCCCCCGUGGCACCGACAGCCCCACCACAGCUCGGUCCACGUCGAAGGGUCCUUCCCCGAUGCCGCCGGUCCGUCCCGCUUCCCCGCCACCUUCUCAGCCAACAUGACGAUGCGGUUAAGGGGAAUGAGGAGAAUGAGUAUGUUUCCAAACGGAGACCCCUCCCACCUGUCAAUCACAGAGGGCGCCAUCAGGAACGAGCUGGAGUACGAGGAGCAGAACUUGGUGAAAGAGCUGAUGGCCUGCUCCACAAAGGAGCGCAUCGAGGGCAUCAGGAAACUCCCCAUGACCUACCAUGAGAAGAAACACAUCAGGAACAGAGUGCUGGCCUCCAAGUCGUCCAAGAAGUCUCGCCACCUGUCCUGCCUUGCAGACUGCUCUGAGAGCAUGUCGUUGUCUCUCCGUAGGUGUGCGUCGGGCGUGGCGGCGGCGAGGCAGGCCCUGGACCUGUGGCAGGGCACCAUGAAGGAGGUCGGGGGCUCCUUCGGCUCCAGCGUCCUCUCCUACUUCCUGUUCCUCAAGUCGCUGCUCCUGCUCAACGUCUUCUCCUUCGUCAUCAACUUCAGCUUCAUCACCGUCCCCAUGCUGGCCUACGACCACGUGCCCCCCAACGUGACCUUCCGAGGCCUGGAGCUGCUCACUGGAGCGGGCUACUUCAGAUACACGGUCCUGUACUAUGGGGCCUACAGGGCCGACUCCUUCACGGGCCUGCUGCACUACAACAUCCAGCUGGCCUACUUCUUCACCAUCGCCGCCUACAUGGUGCUGUGUGGAGCGGCCGUCCUCUACAGCAUGGCCAGCUCGUUCAAGAUGAACUACGUCCUGUCUGACCCGGUGGGCGGCGGCUCCUGGCAGCUGCUCUGUACCUGGGACUUCAGCGUGACCAAUGAGAAGGCGGUGAGGCAGCGGAAGAACAACCUCCGCAUCCAGCUCAAGGAGAGUAUGUCAGAGAGGAACCAGGGGACAAGUCUGACCCCCGCGGAGAAGAUGAGGCACUUUGGCAUCCACCUCGGUGCCUGGUUCAUCUCCACCAGCAUGGCCGUCGGCUGCGGGAACGCCAUCUACUACCUCAGCCAGUACGAACAGCAGCAAGCGACCAACACGGAGGACUGGUCUCCGGCCCGCGAGGCCGAGACGCUGCUGGUGCCCUUCGUGGUGUCCCUCAUCAACCUGGUGGUGCCCCUCUUCUACUCGCUCUUCAACAAGUUUGAGCUGUACUCCAGCCAGCGGAGACAGAUCUACGCUCUGAUCAUCAGAAAUGUGAUCCUCAAGAUGUCCAUCCUGGGCAUCCUCUGCUACUUCUGGGUCCACGAAGUGGCCCACAAGUUCUCAUGCUGGGAGUCCAUGGUGGGCCAGGCUCUCUACCGCCUGGUCGUCUUCGACUUCUUCUUCAUGAUGUUGGGUUCCUUCUUCGGAGAGUUCCUGAGCAAGGUGAUCGGGACUCGAUGGAUCCCGGGCCUCGGGGUCCCAGAGUUUGACGUAGCGAGGAACGUUCUGGAUUUAAUCUACGCUCAGACGCUUGCUUGGAUUGGGAUCUACUUUUCUCCUCUGCUUCCCGUCCUCCAGAUCUUCAAGUUUCUGGUUUUGUUUUACCUGAAGAAGGUCAGCCUGAUCCAGAACUGCCAGCCCCCGCGGCGGGUGGGCCGGGCGGCGCAGAUGAAGACCAUCUUCAUCGCGCUCCUCUUCUUCCCCUCCUUCGUGGGCUCGCUGUCCCUGGUGGCGUACACCUCCUGGAGCCUGACCCCUUCCCCACUCUGCGGUCCGUUCAAGGGCCUGAACAGUACCUUUAGUGUGGUGGAGGUCUGGAUGACCAGCCUGGAGGGGGUGCCCGCCGCCACAUGGGCGGUCUGGGUCUACGCCAACGUGGUCCGCAGUGAGAUCUUCUACUUCCUGGUCACCAUCAUCAUCCUGUUCAUCACGUUCGUUUUCUGGCAAGUCACCCAAGGUCGCAAGCUACUCAUUCUGCUACUGAGGCAGCAAAUCGUUAAUGAAGGAAAAGACAAGACCUUCCUGCUUGACAAACUUCAGGCUCUUCAGAAAUCUAAUCCCACUCAGCAUCCAAAGUCCAAGAUCAAGAAACAGCGGCGUUCCGGCGGCUCCUCGACGGGCGUGCGGUCCAGCUCCAACGCCAUGGUGCAGACCUUCCUGUCCGUUGAGCAAGGCAGCAGAGGGACCUACCCCCGGGAGCCCCCCUCUCCCUCCCACCUCUCCAUCAGCUUCCAGGGGACCCCCCUCCCGUCGGAGCGCCAGUCCCCCUCCGACGCCCUGGGGCUGACCCUGAGGGCGGGGCAGCGGGCGGAGGUCCACCAGCCCUGGACCCCCCCCUCAGCGGACCCGCUGGUCAGGGUGAUGCGGGCCAGGGACGCCUACGACGGACCCCCGGUCCCCCUGGACGGCGGGACCUCCUCCGCCUCCGGGGUCAUGAUGCAGGUGAUGGAGGCCAGGAGGAGGGCGGAGGGGGGUGGGGGGCGGGGGGCCCCAGAGAGAAUAGGGCCCGGCUCCUCCAGUGCGCUGAUCCAGGCCAUGCUGGCCCGACAGCAGGCGCAGAACGAGUACGACGACGGGUACUGAGCCCGCCGGGCUCCAUGCCAACUACCAGCGCUGGGGACUAGACUCUCCGGGCUCCAUGCCAACUACCAGCGCUGGGGACUAGACUAUCUGGGCUCCAUACCAACUCUACCAGCGCUGGGGACUAGACUCUCCGGGCUCCAUACCAACUCUACCAGCGCUGGGGACUAGACUAUCUGGGCUCCAUACCAACUCUACCAGCGCUGGGGACUAGACUAUCUGGGCUCCAUACCAACUCUACCAGCGCUGGGGACUAGACUAUCUGGGCUCCAUACCAACUCUACCAGUGGUGGGGACUAGACUAUCUGGGCUCCAUACCAACUCUACCAGCGGUGGGGACUAGACUAUCUGGGCUCCAUACCAACUCUACCAGCGCUGGGGACUAGACUAUCUGGGCUCCAUACCAACUCUACCAGCGGUGGGGACUAGACUAUCUGGGCUCCAUACCAACCGUACCACAAUAGGCCGAAUGGGGAAGAUGGGAGAUAUGCAUCUUCAAUGAUUUCUGUUUAAAUCUCACUUUGCAAUAUAGUUCAAAUCAAUAGUUAAUUAGUUAGUUCAUGUAUAUUCAUCUAUGAGAACACAGAGAGACGGUCUCAAAUGCAUUUCUAUGAAGUUAAUAAUUUCUGUUUGUGAGCGAAGAACCAUUUUUUUUUUCUUGCAAUGAAGGCUUAUGCCUUUGAAGGAUGGGAUUAAUGUUUCCCUAAUUAGUCAUGUUUUUUAAAUGAAUGAUAAAAAAUGCUUUUACUGUCCAUGGUUUCAAUUAAAAAGAAAACAACAUU